AUGCUGCCGCCCAGGCGCAAUGGCACCGCGCACCCUCUUGGGUUCAGAUUUCGGGCUCGGCUGGCGAAGGAGGGCUCCGCGGGGGGCGCGGCGGGGGCGGCGCCACUGGGGCCAGCGCAGGUGGUCACCGCCUGCCUCCUGACGCUGCUCAUCGUGUGGACGCUGCUGGGCAACGUGCUGGUGUGCGCUGCCAUCGUGCGCAGCCGUCACCUGCGGGCCAAGAUGACCAACGUCUUCAUCGUGUCCCUGGCUUUGUCCGACCUGUUCGUGGCGCUGCUCGUCAUGCCCUGGAAGGCGGUGGCCGAGGUGGCCGGUUACUGGCCCUUCGGGGCGUUCUGCGACAUCUGGGUGGCCUUCGACAUCAUGUGUUCUACCGCCUCCAUCCUGAACCUGUGCGUCAUCAGCGUGGACCGCUACUGGGCCAUCUCCAGACCCUUCCGGUACCAGCGCAAGAUGACCCAGCGCGUGGCCUUGGUCAUGGUGGGCCUGGCCUGGGCCCUAUCCAUCCUCAUCUCCUUCAUUCCAGUCCAGCUGAACUGGCACCGGGGUGUGGUGGGCUCCGAGAGUGGGGUGGACCUUCCCUCCAACCUGGCCAAUGGGACGGCCGGGGAGGACACUGGGGAGCCCGAGCAGAGGGCAGCGAACUGUGACUCCAGCCUGAACCGGGCAUAUGCCAUCUCCUCCUCGAUUAUCAGCUUCUACAUCCCUGUGGCCAUCAUGAUCGUGACGUACACGCGCAUCUACCGCAUCGCGCAGGUACAGAUCCGCAGGAUCUCGUCGCUGGAAAGGGCAGCGGAGCACGUGCAGAGCUGCCGGAGCCGCGGGGGUUGCGAGCCCGACGCCAGCCUGCGCGUGUCCAUCAAGAAGGAGACCAAGGUGCUCAAGACGCUGUCGGUGAUCAUGGGGGUCUUCGUGUGCUGCUGGCUGCCUUUCUUCAUCCUGAACUGCAUGGUUCCGUUCUGCCACGGAGACCCCGAGGACCCGAGGGCCGGCUUCCCCUGUGUGGGCGAGACCACUUUUGAUGUCUUUGUCUGGUUUGGCUGGACCAACUCCUCACUCAACCCCAUUAUCUACGCUUUCAACGCUGACUUCCGGAAGGUGUUUGCCCAGCUGCUGGGCUGCAGCCACCUCUGCUUGCGCACCCCGGUGGAGACCGUGAACAUCAGCAACGAGCUCGUCUCCUACAACCAGGACACCGUCUUCCACAAGGAGAUCGCGGCCACCUAUGUCCACAUGAUCCCCAACGCCGUAGCCCCUAGGGACAGGGAGCUGGAGGAUGAGGAGGAGGAGGAGGGCCCUUUCCAUGGAAUGUCCCAGAUCUGCCCCACGUUGCCAGAGGGCGACCCUGCAGCUGAAUCUGUCUGGGAGCUGGAUUGUGAGGGGGAGAUUUCAUCAGGCAAAAUAACACCUCUUACCCCUAACGAAUUUCAUUAA